GUUGCCCUUCCCAAUUCUCUGCCUCAUCAUCUAUAUCAUGGCUGAAAUCCAACCCCACGCCGAUUUCCUGACGUCAUGUCAAGAAAACAGAAAGAAGGCAAUGAACUAUAUUCAAUUUCGGUCUGCCUUAUCACCGGAGGACCCUAAAGCGCGCUUUCCGGGGUUUCGCCAGGGUCUGACUACCUUCAAGGCUGGACAGCAAGUGGAAAAGGGCGCGAAGCCCCUACCUGUGGACAUUCUUAUGCACGAAAGUAUGCCAAUGGUUCUUUCCGACGGCACGAAAUUAUACUACGAUAUCUUCUUCCCAGCUGGUUACGAGAACCUUGAAGUUGUUGAUAAAUACAAGAAAAUCCCUGCGUUAGUCGCCUGGAGUCCAUAUGGCAAGCAGAAGGGCGGGACGCUCUUGGACGACUUUCCAUUCCGUGCGGGAGUACCUAAGCAUUGGCUGUCAGGUCUACAAAAAUGGGAAGGGCCCGACCCUGGAUUCUGGUGUGCCGAAGGAUACGCGAUUGUGAAUGUUGAUACACGUGGCGCUUAUACUUCUGAGGGUGAUUUGGAAAUAAUGGGUUACCAGGAAGCCCAAGAUGGAGCAGAGUUCGUGACUUGGCUGUCGGAGCAGCCCUGGUGCAAUGGCAAAGUUGGACUCACCGGGAAUAGUUGGUUAGCCAUGAUUCAGUGGAAAAUCGGAAGUUUGCGACCUAAAGGUCUUGAAGCGCUCGCGCCAUGGGAGGGAAUACAGGACAUGUAUCGCGACAACACGUGUCAAGGCGGAAUUCCUGCCGGUGAGUUCCACAAUUCGAUUGCCGAUACCCUCGCUAGCUACGGCAAGCUUGAGGACCCACCCAGUGUUCUGGUUAAGUACCCCCUUUUCACCGAAUACUGGGAAGACAAGAGAGCCAAUUGCGAGCAAAUAAAUGUUCCCACAUACGUGGCUGCCUCGUGGACGAACCCAAUUCACACCCCGGGAACCCUGAGAGCUUACCGUUGUAUCCCUGAAUCUGUCCCUAAGUGGCUUCGAGUGCAUAACUCACAGGAAUGGCCAGACUAUUAUGCAGAUUCCAGCUGCCGUGACCUGAAGAGAUUCUUUGAUUACUUUCUAAAGGGAGAUGUGGAUAAUGGUUGGCUUGCUACACCUAAGAUCCGACUCAGUGUCCUGCAUUUGGGCUUGAUGACUACCUGGCCACUGGCUCGAACGGAGUAUCAGAAAAUCUAUCUGACACCUGAAGGAAAAAUGAGCCGAUCACCUUCGACCGAGUCGGGUCAAGUCAUAUACGACUCCAAGAAUGGGAAAGCCCUGUUCCGGUAUCGCAUACCCCAUGACAUGGAGACUACCGGUUAUUUUAUUGCUCGUCUCGCAGUAUCUUGCCCAUCCAGCGAUGAUAUGGACCUGUUCGCCCAGGUGUGCUGUCUUCGCGGGCGCUCUGCAAAUAAGCAGGGUGUUCUCACAAUUCGACCUGACAAUAUGAUGGUGAUUAAAUUGUUAAAAUUGCUACAUGACUGGCAUGUCGGCCUUCAGGGAGUUGGCAUGUUGUUUCAUUGGGGACCAGCCGGCCAGCUCCGGGUCAGUCAUGCUCAUCAGCUCAGUGAGCAUGCUACUUCUUUCGAGCCGCUUUAUGCGCACACCGAGCGUAUCCCGUUGACACAAGGGGAGAUUCGAGUCGUGGAGAUCCCACUUCGUCCUUAUGGGAUGUUUUGGAGGAAAGAUGAUGUUAUGGAGCUUACUAUUGCAGGCAAUCCAGUCCUGCCAUUUCCAAUCCCAGGCGUCAAGCCCUUGCAGGGAACCAACACUGGCGCCCAUACCAUUCAUUGCCUUGAUAGAGGAGAUGAUAGUUCUUGCCUUGUUGUACCAAGUACCUAG